AUGUCACAUAAAGAUAGACGUGGAAAUUCAUCAAAUGAUGGAAGUUCUUUUAAGUUAAAUGAAACUUUUACAUCAAGUGAAGUUGAAGUUAAACCAACAUUUGAAUCAAUGGGAUUACGUGAAGAAUUAUUAAGAGGUAUUUUUAAUUAUGGAUUUGAAAAACCAUCAGCAAUUCAACAACGUGCAAUUUUACCAAUUAUUAAAGGUAGGGAUACGAUCGCACAAGCACAAUCAGGUACAGGUAAAACAGCAACAUUUUCAAUUGGAGCAUUACAAUGUGUAGAAGUGAAUGUAAGAUCACCUCAAGUUUUAAUAUUAUCACCAACAAGAGAGUUAGCACAACAAAUUCAAAAGGUAGCAUUGGCAUUAUCAGAGUUUAUGAAUAUUCAAGUCCACGCAUGUGUUGGUGGAAAGAAUUUAAGUGAUGAUGUUAAGAAAUUAGAGACUGGUGUUCACAUUGUUAGUGGUACACCAGGUCGUGUAUUAGAUAUGAUCACUCGUAAAUCACUUCCAACUCGUCAUAUUAAAAUGAUGAUUUUAGAUGAGGCCGAUGAGAUGCUUUCAUUGGGUUUUCAACAACAAAUUAAUGAUGUAUAUAGAUAUUUACCAAAUGGUACUCAAAUCGUAUUAGUAUCAGCUACUCUAACACAAGAUGUAGUUUCAAUGACUGAAAAAUUUAUGACAAAACCAGUUCGUAUCCUAUUGAAACGUGAUGAACUCACUUUGGAUGGUAUCAAACAAUUCUUUGUAUCUGUAGAGAAAGAAGAUUGGAAAUUCGGUACACUUUGCGAUAUCUACGAUAGUCUUACAAUCACUCAAGCUGUAAUUUUUUGUAAUACUAAAAAGAAAGUAGAUCAAUUAACUGAACAAAUGCGUGAUGCUAAUUUCACUGUAGCCUCAAUGCAUGGUGAUAUGGUACAAAAAGAAAGAGAAGAAAUUAUUAAAUCAUUUAGAUCUGGUGAAAAUCGUGUUUUAAUUACAACAGAUAUUUUAGCUAGAGGUAUUGAUGUUCAACAAGUUUCAUUAGUUAUAAAUUAUGAUUUACCAAUAGAUCGUGAAAAUUACAUUCACAGAAUAGGUAGAUCCGGUAGAUUUGGUCGUAAGGGUGUUGCAAUUAAUUUCGUUAAAAACUCUGACAUUAGAAUUUUAAGAGAUAUUGAACAAUUUUAUUCUACUCAAAUUGAUGAAAUGCCUGUAAAUUUUGCUUCAAUCAUUUAA